AUGGAAGAAGCCAUGAGAAGACUCGCCGGAUACACACCCUCAUCAGAAUCUGACCUCUUUCAAGCACCCUCCCCCUCCGUCCAAAAACGUUGCAGCAACACCACAACCACAAACUCCGCCGCCAACAAGAGGCUAGCACUCAAAGAAGCUAAUGGAACCAACGGUUCCAUGAGAUACCGAGGCGUUCGCCGCCGCCCCUGGGGUCGUUACGCCGCCGAGAUACGCGACCCGCAGUCGAAAGAACGUCGGUGGCUCGGGACUUUUGACACAGCGGAGGAAGCUGCAUGUGCUUAUGACUGCGCCGCCCGUGCCAUGCGUGGCAGCAAGGCUCGAACCAACUUCGUGUACCCUCCUCCGCCUAGCGAUAGUCUCUUAAAUCCUUUCACUUUCAACAAGACCCAAUCUCAACCUUUAUCCUCCUCACCUUACGAAAAUUUUCCGAUGCCGACGUUACAGCGGAACACUUCGUUUAACUCUCUUCUCUUCCACGAUUUCUUCAACUCCGGUUCAUCUUCAUCGUUCUGCAACUCUGGCGCUGCUUUGUCGGGUUGUACAUCGACAGGUUCUGCACACGCUUCAAAAACUUGUACGGCCAUGCCGGUUCUGUCUAAUCAAGACGAGUACAAGGAGUUCUUCCCUUCGGAGUCGGAUCAUUCCGGUUUACUAGAUGAAGUGUUAACCGGGUUUUACCCGAAGCCGGAGAAACAAGCCAAACCUGAUCUAAAAGCUUUGUCUGGACCGGAACCGGUUCAUGAUAAUAAGAAGACACUUGAAUCGAACCCUUUUGGUUUAUUUUUUGAAAACCCUAACAGGAUCUCGUCUGCACCUACAAACAGUCACCACAACCAGCUUGGAUUUGAGCAGAGCUUCAACGGUGGUGGUGGUGGUUUUCCGUUCUACAGUCAUCAUAUGGCGCCGGCGCCGGUGUCUUUUGAGAAUCAAGAAAGUAUCUUUGCAGAUGUUUUUCAGUAUCCAGAUAUUGUCGGUUUGUUUGCUGCUAGACUUCAAAAUGCUUGA